GGACCGCCUACUCAAACUGAUUAAUUGAAUUGUUGAAUAGUCGUAUUUUCGUACCACCUAGCGGUGGACUCACCACCAUGAAGCUGUUUUCGGUGUUUAUUGUUGAAUUUUUCAUAUCUUAUAUUAUCGCAGACGAAGGAACGAAGCAUUUAGACUUCACCUCUUCAGAUGCCUUUAGAACAAGUGCAAAGGACCUUACAGACACUGAGCUCAAAUCGGUGAACGCCAUUGCGCAGGAGCUGGAAUAUAGCAUUCUCGAAAUGGGUGAUGAUAUUUGGUCUGAUGUUGCAAUUUUAACUAUGCGCACUAAAAGAAAGCUUGAAGCGCUCUUCAUAAAGUACCACGAAGCAAACGAGCAGGAAGGCAAUCUCUCGGAUAUCGACAACUGCGAAUUAAAAGCGCAAAUCAAACUGCUAAGUGAUCUUCGACAUUUAGUGAAUGAAUCUGAAGUAUGUCAAACAGCCGCUGAAGAAUCUUUGGUAGUGAUAAGGCCCAAUUUUGUUGAUAUCAUCAAUAAAGGUUGGAAAGUCGCAGAAUCAGCUGCAAGGAGAUUACUUGCUUGUGAAGCCCCUACGACUUUAGGAGUAAUGGAAUUGUGUGCUGAGAGAAAGUUAAUUACUUUCCAGAAGAUAAAAAAGGACUUCAUUCUUACUUUGGAUCGCGACCACGAUGCAGGAAUUGAAAAAAUGAAAACUGCUAAUGCACAGUUCAAAGAAUGUUUGCAGGUCGUAGAAGAGAAGUCAACUAAUAGCCAAAAUGAGACUUUUGCAGAAAUUUUAAAAUGUCAACGAAAGUAUGAUGGACGAUGA